CUCAGCUUUCGUCCAGCCAGAUUUCUUCCCAAUUCACAAGAUUAUCGUGCAUAUGAGGUUGUUCGUGACGAGUUCUUACGCUCAGCUAGGGGUCGUGCUGCAUUGUUAAGUGGGGGCAUAGUUGCUCGAUUAGCUCGCGAGAUUGUCAAUGAAGAUGAUGUCUGUGAUGGACCUACUGUACAUGCUCUGCAAGAAGGAGAGCAUGCACUUUGUGUGUGGGAAGUGGGCCGAGGCCGUGCAUUCUGGGAUGAACAACUGACAACUGAAGAAAUUGAUCUCAUAUGUGGUACAUAUGAGACUGCAAUGCGAUCCUGGUGGCCUUGUCCGAACUUUUGGAAAACAUGUGGGCUCAACUGUGGAUUUUGGUCAAAAGAUGCCGAAGAUUGGUUUCAAAAGCGACUGACUAAAAUUCAAAACUCU